AUGGUUAAUUUCAUAGCUGUGUUUAUUGUAAUCAUAUUUCCUCAUCAUUUUGUUAUGAGUGGUAAAAUGUAUGGCGAUAUUAUACAUCAUUAUCCUCAAAAAUGCAAGAAAGGAGUAGGAGGAGGAACUAGCGAAAGAUAUGAUAAUCGUUUCUAUCAUAGUGGUCAUGGUGGAUAUGGAGGAGGACAUGAGGGAUAUGGAGAUAUGGGAGGAUACGGAGGUGGCAGUAUUGGAGGAUACGGAGGUGGCAGUAUUGGAGGAUACGGAGGUGGUAGUAUUGAAGGAUACGGAGGUGGUAGUAUUGGAGGAUACGGAGGUGGUAGUAUUGGAGGAUACGGAGGUGGUAGUAUUGGAGGAUACGGAGGCGAUAGUACUGGUGGAUAUGGAGGUGGUAGUAGUGGAGGAUACGGAGGCAAUAUGGAAAAUUAUGGACAUAAUUUUGGAGGAUAUGGAGGUGGUGGUGGAGAAUAUGAAGGUAGAACUAAGAAUAAUAGAGAAUAUGAAAAUUACGGUGGAGAAUAUGGAAGAGGAGAGAAAAUAGCAAAAUAUGAAAAUAAAGAUAAUAACAGAGGAUACGGUGGAGGUGGUAACAACGGAGGAUACAGGGGAGGUGGUAACAGCGGAGGAUACAGGGGAGGUGGUAACAACGGAGGAUACGGUGGAGGUGGUAACAGCGGAGGAUACAGGGGAGAUGGUAACAGCGGAGGAUACAGGGGAGGUGCUUUUGGAAUUUGUUAUAUUGAAAAGAAAAGAAUUUGA